AUGACGCUCCGUGCUAAUCAACCAAUGGGUCGACAGGCUGGUGAUACGCUGCUUCUUGACAGCACCAGAGGACCUGCAGGCCCAUCAUUAGAUGAUAGUAUUCAUGAAGUUGCAAAACGAGACAAAACAGCAGACAAGGCAAUUCUGGGAUAUGCUCGCUUUGACCUCAUCAAAUAUUAUGAUCACCUGGUAUUCGGUGAAUGGAACAACCGCCCUCUAGUUGAUUCACAAGUACAGUCUCUAUACCAAUCAUUCCUUGCGAAUGGGGUUGACCACUUCAACCCCAUCCAUGCGAUUCCUCUUGUUGUUCCCAAGAAAUGGCUUGUGGAAGGGAGCUACAGCCAGGAUGUUGAUAAGCACCAGGAGCUCCCCAUCCUGGAAAUAUCUGGCAGUGCACCAAAGGUUUGGAAAAUAAAGGCAGCCGGGGGACAUCAUCGGACCAAGGCGAUUGAGGCUUGGAUGAAGAAGAUAAAUAAGGAAUAUGAGAUGCAGUUGGCAGAAGAGAGGAACGUCGCCAGGUCACCUGCUGAUAACAUCAGGCAACUUCAGAUUGAACACAUCAACAAAGCUGUAAGGAUAUGCCUGCAGAAACUUGCUGGCAUGCUUGAGUACGGUGGUCAAUGGAUGGUCACUGUUUUUGAUGAAAGUCAGAUCGACGAAAUCAUCGGCCUUCACAUAUCACAGAAUGAAACCAAGCACAUAUAUAUGCAGUUGCCGGAAGAGGGCCUCAUCCAACAGUAUAAGAUACUGUCUGCGACAGGCAAAAACUGGUCUAAUGUUGAACACACAAUGGCUGGGGGCAUUUUUGCAAAACAGAAUGAACUUCUCACUCAGGACUACAUAUUCAGCCAUCUAGAAAUGACUGUAUCAUCCAGCACUCACUAUAUCUAUUUGCCCGAGAUGCAGUUCAAUCAAUUUUACAAUAUGAUGUUCUCGAGCUAUGGAGGGAUUGUUGCUGAUAUCACCAUGCGACUAGAAAACCGAUUACGCCGGUGUUUUAACAUGAUCUCAUACGAUUCCCGCAUGGGGGAUGCAGAGAUGUACCAACAGCUUAAGCAAGCACAUCCAGUACUUGCUGCACUCUCUGACCCACUCAGGGAGGCUCUAAACAGUGUAUAUGAGAAGCACCUGGGUGGUCAAACUGCUGCAUCUUACCGAUUGGGUAACACAAACAAAGAUAUUUGGUCAAAAGCCUAUCUGCGGUACAAGUUGGAUGUAAUCGACGUUAUGGAAGACUAUGUGCGAGACAAGAAGAAAACACAGGCAAUAAAUGACCUGUCUGAUGACGUCCAGACAGUGUUAGAAGGAUGUGCCACCAAAGCUAGCCUUGUGCUUCACCAACACGACAACCUACACAACUUCAUCCAUUUUCCAUUAAUGUCUCGCUCCGUUAUCACCACUCUUGUGUGGAAUUUAAUAUACCACAGCCAUUUAAAGAUCCUGCAGGUUUCUGCAUGGUUUUCACCACUGCUAUAUAUGGCGAAGGCCCAUGGAAAAGACUGGACACCUGGGUCAGCCUCCGCUGACAUGAUUCGAGCGAUUAUGUGCCAUCCUGACUAUGAUCCUGAACAAUGCAUGUAUGCUGUUACUGAGAUUAUAUCGUCAAUAUUCGAAAUGUUCCCAGAGUUCCUUCACAUGGAAGGCCAGUUGGUGAAUAUCAACAUAUCAUGUCGCGUUACAAAGCAGCAGGAACUUCAGAUGGUCUUCGGAAUUGCAGACCAUGGAAAGGAAAGCAAGUGUAGCAUGCAAAAAGGUAAAAAGAAAGGGAAGAAGAACGAUGAUGAUGAUGAUGAUGAUGAUGAUGGUAAUGAUGUUAAGAUGGGACUGAAGUGGGCCACUUCUAGAGGCUAA